UCUAAUUCAAUGAUAAAAGGGAAGGUUUCUCCUGAAGAAAUAAAGAAGAUGCAAAGCGAUCCUGAAAUGAUCAGGAAUAUCUGCAUCCUUGCCCAUGUUGAUCAUGGGAAGACAACGCUCUCUGACUCUUUAAUAUCGAGUAACCAUAUUAUUAGUCAGAAGUUAGCAGGGAAGUUGAAAUACUUGGACUCAAGAGAUGAUGAACAGCAAAGACAGAUUACUAUGAAAGCUUCCUCUAUUACUUUAUUCCAUCAGAAAGUUCAGAGGAUUAAGAAGGAAGAGAGAGAAGCAGGAGUAGUCCCUCAAACUAAACUGUUUAAAAUUAAUCUGAUGGACUCUCCAGGACAUGUUGAUUUCACAAAUGAAGUCUCUUCAGCUCUGAGACUCUCGGAUGGGGCUCUCAUUCUUAUAGACUGAGUUGAGGGAGUUUCACCUCAGUCUUUGACUGUGUUGAGACAAGCAUGGGAUGAAAAGAUUAGGACAUGUUUGGUCUUGAAUAAACUUGAUAGGCUUAUUGUUGAGAGAAAUAUGGAUGCAGAUGAUAUUUUCCAACACUGACAAUGUAUCAUUGAGCAAGUCAAUGCUGUCAUUAGUUCAUUCAUUAGUGAGACAAAUAUGCAGAAAUAUAUUAAAUCAGCAGAAGAAAAUAAGGAAGAAGGGUUAUCUGAUGAAGAAAAUGAUGAAAAUAAAUUCUUCUACUCCCCAGAAAAAGGAAAUGUUGCUUUUACCAGUGCAGUUGAUGGGUGGGGAUUCACAGUUCCAAGCUUUGCUUAUCUCUUAGCAAAGAAGCUUGGUGCUCACCCAAAGAAGCUUAGGAAUUACUUAUGGGGUGAGUUCUACCUCUCAAAGGGAAAAAUUACUAGAAAAAUGCCAACCAAAAACUCUAAGGUUUUAGCCACUCAGUUUAUUUUUCAGCCAAUAGUAGCAGAGUAUCGUAAAGAGUUUGAUAUAAUCGAUGAGUAUGACAGUUCAGCAGUCUCUAAAGCUAUCGAAAAGAUAUCUCAAGUCUUGAAUAAAAGAAUUCCAUUAGAUAAGGGAAUAUUUGACAUGGUUGUAAACAGACUUCCAUCUCCAAAGUCUCAACAGAAAGAAAGACUUGAAGUAUUUUGUCCAGCAUUAGCAGACAUUUCUGAUGAUAUCUCCUCCAAACCCCUUGAUAUGAGUGAGGAGGAGUUCAAGACUCUCACCCAAAUUAAAGAAGGGAUCGAGAAUUGUGAUAAUUCGGAAGAAAGCCCUUUGAUCAUCUAUGUCUCCAAAAUGCAGCCAAUAGAUACCAAAGCAUAUGCUGUUGCUACUAAGAAUCCAAGUUUGAACCAAGGAGAGAGUACUAGGCUAAUCGCCUUUGGUAGAGUCUUCUCUGGAAAAAUAGAAAGAGGAAAAGAGUACUACAUCUUCGGAGCCACCCAUUCCAAAGAGAGGAAGGAUGUGAUAAAGAUGAGGAUAAAUGAUAUUUUCAUCCUUAUGGGAGGCAAUAGCUUAAAGCAGGUGAAAGAGAUGAAUGCAGGCAAUAUUGUAGGAAUUGGUGGUCUUGAUAAUGCCAUCCUGAAGAUGGGAACUAUCUCUUCUCAUCCAGAUUGCCCUUCUUUCACUCCAGCAAAGCUCUUUGGAACUGGCUUGAUCAAAGUCUCAAUCCAACCAACAAGAUUAUCGGAUAUGCCUAUAUUGAUUGAAGGGUUAAGAAAGUUAGAUAAAGCAGACCCAAGUGUGAGCUAUUUCUUGAAUGAAAAGGGUGAAUAUAUCCUCCAAACAUGAGGUCAAAUUCAUCUUGAAAGGUGCAUCAAAGACCUUAAAGAUGACUUUGCUCAGAUAGAUAUAGAAAUCUCUGAGCCUAUUAUCACAUUUAAGGAGACUCCUACUCUAAAGGUCCUCAGAAGAGAGUCAGACUUUAAUCACAUUGUUGGAGAAGGAGAUUGGUUCGAACAAGACGAGGAAGAAAUUGAGCGAAAAGCUAAUGAGAUUAUAGAAAAGCAAAAGAACGCAAAACUCAAAGGCAAAAGAAAACACAAAGAUUCUUCAGACGAAGAAGAAGAAAAAGAAGGUGAAGGUGAUGAAGGAGACGAAGAAGAGGAAAAGGAAGAAGAGCUCAAGUUUAUUUAUGAAGAAGAAAAACUAGACCAAACCGAUAUGUAUAUCGAAAGAGCAAUGUGUAUGAAAAAUCCAGAGCUCAGGAAUAAUCUGUACAAGACCAGAGGAUGGGUUAUUGGUUAUACUCCAAACCGAAAAUUGAGAGUGAGGAUUAGGACAGUUGGCUUACCUUUUGAAUUGACAAAGUUCUUAGAAAAUAACGAGACAAGUAUUAAACUGAUGAAUCACCUAAUUUCAACAGAGACCAAGAAGAACCAAAAUAGCACUAUUGAAGAGGAACUUAAACUCGCUAAUGAAUUCUUGUCUGAAUUUAAACAAAACCUAGUUGACAAUGAAUGAUACAAUAAGCUAACCGAAUUAAUCAAGAGAUACCUAGUAUGCUUUGGCCCUAAAAGAUGUGGGCCAAACAUCUUGAUCAAUCAGAUCAUCUCUGAAGAAGAAUCUUUGUUCAGCCGCUUCGAGAAAUUAAAACAAAAGUUUUAUUUCGAGGAGGAAAAGAAAGAAGUACCAGAGGAAUCGUCAAAAGAGGCAAGUGAAGAUGCUCAAACGAAUGAGGAAGAGAAGGUCGAUGCAAGUGAUACCUCUAAACCCCAUGCUAAGCUUAACCAUUACCAAAGAAAGCGAUUGAAUAAAAUGAGGAAAUUAGAUGCAGUCAAGAAAUGGUUUAAGAUAAAUGAAAAGGAAAUCCAGGGAGCCAUCACCGCUGGGUUUGAAUAUGCCACCAAUAAUGGACCCAUGUUUGGAGAAGCCAUCCUUGGCGCUUGAUAUGUCAUUGAUGAGGUGGAGGUAGUUGACCCUGCGGCUAGAGAUUUCUUAACAGCUCAUAAAACUCAGUUUGAAGAUGAAUUCCUUGGGAUACAAAAACCUUUGGAAACAACUCCUGAGCCCGAGGAAGAUUCAAAAGAGGAAACUAAGUCUGCAGUUGAUGAUUCUUCUAAUAAAGAACAACAGAAAUCAGUUGGGUCAUAUUCUGAUACUUAUGGCCCUAUCCCUGGUCAGCUAAUGAGCUCAGUCUCAAAACUAUGUAGGAAAGGCUUCCUGAAUGCAGAGCCAAGAGUCGUUGAAGGAAUAUAUAAAUGAGAAGUGCAAGUAAGCUCAGAAAAUUUGGGCAAGAUUUAUUCUGUGAUUGGCAAAAACCGUGCUAAGACUCUAGCUGAAGAACUCCAGGAAAACUCAGAGAUGUUUCUGCUAAAAAUCCUUGUUCCUGUCUAUGAAAGUUUCAACUUCUCUAAUGAGAUUAGAGAUAGGGAGUGAGGUAUUCCACAUCCCCAACUUAUUUUCUAUGGUUGGGAAGUAAAUCCAAUGGAUCCAUUCCAUGUUAGUAUGACUGAUGAUGAGAUCGAGGAAUAUGGAGACCAAGAACUACCUCCUAACCAAAUUAAGAUCAUUAUUGACCAAAUCAGAAGGAGGAGAGGACUUGCUAUUGAGAAGAAAUUAGUUGAAGAUGGGUCAAAGCAAGUUACUUUAUCUAGGAAGAAGUAA